AGCUUCAGAUCUGUCAUCCUCAAACCUAAAUUACCUGGCCUACAAAAUGAAGUAAGGAAAGGGUACUUCUAGUGCCAUGGUAAGUUGAUGGCUCUGUUGUUUUAAACCGAAGCCAUCUUUCAACCAAAAUCAGAAGGAGCAACGCACAGUGUAAAUACAGGAUGUGGUUUCCAAACAACUGAAGUGUGAAGCAAACCUCAUGAAUUUCAACCACCGAGAUUCAGAGAGCAUCACUGAUGUCUGCCCUGAUGACAAUCUCCCUGAAGUUGAGCUGGUGAGCAUGCUAGAAGAGCAACUGCCUCAAUACAAGUUACGAGUGGACUCUUUGUAUCUCACUGAAAAUGAAGACUGGAUCCCGUCCCCGAGCCCCCAUGGCCACGUCCCUGAAAUCACGUCUCCGGUCCUUGCUGAGGAGACCUUCCGUUACAUGACUGUUCUGGAACUUCCUCCUUCUUCCCUGGCCGGAUCUCACAAAUACCCACCAGUUCUUGGUACAGACGGCCGAGAGCAGGUGAUGAAAAACUGCAACGAUGUCGAAGUGGUUACUCAUCUGCUGGCUGAGAGAGAUCGGGACCUGGAGUUGGCAGCGCGAAUUGGACAAGCCCUCCUUAAGCGGAAUCAUAUCCUGACGGAACAAAAUGAGGCUCUGGAAGAGCAACUGGGCCAAGCUUUUGACAAGGUUCACCAGCUGCAACAUGAACUGACGAAGAAAGAUGAACUGCUUCGGGUUGUGUCCAUCGCUUCCGAGGAAAGCGAGACUGACUCCAGCUGUUCCACCCCCCUUCGCUUCAAUGAAUCCUUCCACUUGACUCAGGGACUCUUGCAGCUGGAUAUGUUACAGGACAAGCUCAGGGAGGUGGAGGAGGAGAACUUGGCUCUUCGGACAAAGGCCUGCCAUUUGAAGACUGAAACCAUGAGCUACGAGGAGAAGGAACAGCAGUUGGUCAGUGACUGUGUCAAAGAGAUCCGGGAAACAAACGCUCAGAUUGUCCAAAUGAGUGAGGAGCUGACAGGGAAGAACGAAGAGCUGCUCCAUUACCAGGAAGAGAUCUCCUCCCUCUUGGCCCAGAUUGUGGAUCUUCAGCAUAAGAUCAAAGAGCAUGUCAUUGAAAAGGAAGAGCUGAAGCUCCACCUGCAAGCUUCCAAAGAUGCACAGAGACAGCUGACCGCAGAGCUGCAUGACUUACAAGAGCGGAACGCAGAGUGUCUGGGGAUGUUGCAUGAAUCGCAAGAAGAAGUGAAGAGUCUGCGCAGUAAAGCUAGCCAUACCGCUCUCCUCUGCCACCCGCAGUCGUGUGGAGCGUUUCCUGGGGAAUCUUUGGCAGCAGAGAUCGAGGGCACGAUGCGGAAAGAGCUGAGUUUGGAUGACGAAUCUGUCUCAAAACAAAAGAUCCAGCAGAAGCGUGUGUUUGAUACUGUCAGAGCCGCCAAGGACACGCGCGGCCGUCCCGUCCCACUGCCCAUUCCGGGAUCGAACCGUUCAAGCGUCGUCAUGACGUCGAAGCCCUUCCACUCCGGCUUGCAGCCUGUAGAAGGAAAGGAAGGUCCCACUCAGAGGAGCAGCCCAGAGAGCAUUUGCAAGGAUGAUCCAAAGCCGGGCCAGCCUGAUGCCCCUGGGGAAGGUGACUUAGCCACCGCUCUGCACAGGCUUACCCUCCGUCGGCAGAACUACUUAAGCGAGAAGCAGUUCUUCGAAGAGGAGUGGGAGCGCAGGGUGCGUCUCCUGGCUGACCAGAAGGGAGAGCUUGCCUGCUGCAGCACGCCGGCGGAGAGCUGCCUUUCGUUGGGCAGCGGUUCGGAGCUCGCCGACUUUUCUGGCACCUCCAGCAGCAUUCGCAGCCUCCUGCCAGAAAAACUGCAGAUUGUCAAACCACUUGAAGGCUCUCAGACCCUCUUCCACUGGCAGCAGCUGGCCCAGCCCAACCUGGGCACGAUCCUGGACCUUCGGCCCGGCGUUGUCACCAAAGGUUUCACGCCAUUGUCCCAAGAGGAUGUCUAUCACCUGUCUGACUUGGAGGAAGAUGAGGAAGAAAGGGAUGAAGGCAUAACUUUCCAAGUGCAGCCAUCUCUUUCGGAGGAAAGGAAGCCCGCAGAGCCAAAAUCAGUGGCAGGGAUCUUCCUGCCCCCUGUUAAAUUACCAACAGCGCCCCCUACAGCUUCCAAUCCAGGAAAAUGUCUGUCAUCUACGAACUCCACAUUUACUUUUACUACCUGUAGGAUCCUCCACCCAUCUGAUAUCACACAAGUUACCCCUAGUGCUUCGUUUGGCCCCCAGUGCUCUGUCAGUAAUUGCAGUACGAGCAAUACGGUCACAAGCUCCCCAGUCAUGUCGUACAGGCUCAGUAUUGGAGAAUUCCUCACUAACAGAGGAGACUCAACUACCACCUUCAGCAGCACUACUGGUUUAGCUAAGCUUCUGCAAGAAAAAGGCAUCUCGGCCAAGGUCUACCACAGCCCAGUCUUGGAGAAACCACCGCUUCUUCAGUCCUUCAAGACUCUUGCUGUUCCCACCACGCCACCAAAUUCUCCUUUGCACUCUCCUUGUCCUUCCCCCUCGCCAUUCGAGUCUCGAACAAACGUGUCUGAAAACUUCUUAGCCUCUCGGCCGGCCGAAACGUUACUGCAGGAGAUGUAUGGGCAGAAAUCCUCCAGCCUUCCUGACGUCGGGCAGCUGAAGAUGAACCUGGUGGAGAGGCUGAAGAAGCUGGGUAUCGCCAGAGCUGUCAAACCCCCCGAGGCAGGGGGCGAUAAAAAGAAUCAAGGGGUGAAAACGGGCCUGCCGAGGCAGGAUUCGGUUGUGUACGUCAGCGCAGGCAGCAACCUGAUGGGCGGGCUGAGAAGAAACCACAGCCUUCCGGUCUUGAUCGGGGCACUGGGGGGUCCUUUGGGCACGCCCUCGUCUAAAAUGGGGGUCCUGAACGAGGACUGAGGGGUUUGGCAUGAUGGGCUUUUUAUUGGAGAAAUA